AUGCGCACGGAUUUCAUCGAUGCCAUGCAGAACAAAGGGUUAAAGAUUGAUCGUUAUGGAAGGUGUGGAUUAGCUCCACCUGAAUGCGAUGGUGUGGACAAGCAACAGCAUCCGUGCGUGGUCGAACUUUUACGGCCAUACAAGUUUUAUAUUGCACUUGAGAAUUCGAACUGCAUCGACUACGUGACGGAGAAGUUCUACGAAUCCCUAAUUAGUCGCAUGACGGUGCCGAUUGUUCUUAAGCGAAAAACAUACGUUGACAUUGGAGCUCCUCCCACCUCAUUCAUUGCCCUCGACGACUUCGAGACACUCGACGAUAUGAUCAAAUUCGUAAAUGAGCUAUCUGAAUACAUUUGUAUUGUGGAAAGUUUACAUAGUUACAGAGCCAUACCAGAGCAUAACGAUGAGACUGGAUUCUGUGAACUAUGCCGUCGACUUCAGAUGAAUUCACUAGGUUACACGAGCUAUCCAGAUGUUCGUCAGUGGCAUGCCAAUAAUCAGUGCGAUAAUUACUACGGAAAUCAUUAUCUCAAAAAAUGA